AUGCUGGAAUCUAAAAUAGACAUGAUGGAGCAACAGGUCAGGCAGUCUAAUAUAGAAAUUGUCAACCUCCCAGAACGUCGUGAUGAAAAUUUGAUAGCUGUACUUCAAAACAUUGGCUCAAUUAUUAAGCACCCUAUUAAUCCUGCCGACAUAGUAUCAGUGCACAGAGUGCCGCAUAUGGAUAAAAAAAAUCCCCACCCGAAAAAUGUCAUCGUGAAAUUCUCCACCAAAAUAAUACGGGAUAACGUGAUUGCUGCUGCGCGGGUAGUAAAAAGUGUCAAAUCAGAUCAACUACUGAUAUCAGACAUACAAAGUAAACAUAAAAUGACUAGUACUAAAGUUGUUCCUCACAUUGAUCGUGAAUUAGAUUUAUCGAAUACAGGAAGAGGAGUAUGGCUUGUUAAAGUGCCUAAAUAUAUAGCUAAUAAAUGGGAAAAGGCACCUGGGAACAUCGAAGUGGGAAAGUUAAAAAUUUCACGAGUAUCAGGACAGCGAGCUCAAGUACAACUUUCUCUUUCACAGAAACAGAACAGAAAGAAAUAA